CAGGUAAAGUCAUAUCAAAUAGCCAAACUUCAAACUUUAUCUAUAUUGUAUUUAUGUCAGUAUAUAGGACAUAAUACUUCAAAACAGAGAAAAGAUUGCAGUGUGCAUAUCAUAUUUCAGAACAAAAAAAGGGAAAAAUUGUAAUAACAUUUAAAGGGCAUGUGAAAUAUACUUCAGGAUAAUGAAAGAAAAACAUGAGCCAGUAGCAGUCAACAUGAAAUUUGUGUUUGCUUUCCUAAUAUUGUGUUUACCAGGAACCAGCUGUGACGAGACUGUAUUGAAAGUGGUACCAUCCAGUAUUGCUGUAGAACCUUCAAACACAAUUGAAUUAACAUGUCAACAUUACCCUGCUGACUCUUCAGAAGACUUGAAAUUGGAAUGGUUCCGGCCUGGUGACACUGUUCCAAUAUCUGAACUUGUGCGGAACCAGUCCAUCAUCAACAUAACAAACUCUGAUAUCUUACGCUUUAAAUCUGAGAAUGGUACUCUUACAAUUGAAAAUGUAACAUUAAAUGAUUCAGGGACAUAUGUAUGCAAGAAAGACGAUACACUUGAAGUCGAGACACUGGUAAAUGUAUAUAUCAUGCCCUCGUAUACAACUGAGAUCAUUGUUGUGCUGAUAAUAAAUGUAGUGCUUGUUGUUAUUUUCAUCGCUUGUGCUGGCUGGCAUUUUGUGCGAGACAGAAGAAAGGAUAAAGAAGCUAGCAGAAAAAGGAAAUUAGGACACUGAUGAAAAUACAAGAAAAUAUCACCACAGCAGAUAGAAAUGCCAGUACAAUUAUAAUAAAUGAAAUAUUUUCUUGCAAUGCAUCGGACAAAAACAGAACAUUUUAGUAACUGUUGACUAUAUUAUAUACAUGAGUGGCCAAUAAGUGUUCACAGUUUAUUACUGUGUGUAUAGAUGGUGCUACAAAAUAUGAAUGCAGAUCUUAUGUACAGAACUUAAAAUAACAGUGACCUAACACAACAAAAUUUCAGUACAUAUGUAGCCAUGAUUGCUUGAUAUAAAUGAAUAUAAAUUAAUGAAAUUUGCAUUUUAUAAUCAGAUUUAAUCUAUCAUUUGCUAAAUAAGAUUUUUACAAGAUGGUCAUAAUGCAGUUGUCAGGCAUGCCUUGAAUACUAAAUGCUAAUGUUAAUACAUGGUACAUUUAUAUAACAUAAAAUAAAAUCAUUAAAAAUAA